GAGAGAGAGAGAGGGGAGAGGACCGGUGGCUGAGAGAGGCAUCGGAGGCAAGUGCAAGAGGUUCGGCGCUCUGAGCGGGGACUCCACGUGAAUAACCGCGGCUCACGGCUUCGCUCUGUCGCGGGAGGCUGAAGACACAGGAGGGGUUUUGUGUUUCUCACCGCCCAGGGAGGAGGUAAGAGUGAAGUCAGCCAGACAGAGGACGAAGCAGGCCAGGGAGGAGGAGGAGAGAGGGGAUUUGGGCUUCUCUGUUGUGAAAGUGCACGUGUCCUCAGAGACGGUGCGUCACUGAAUUUGGGGGCAGACCUUUGCGUCACACGUGAUCAUGGAGUGGAGGAGGAUGGAUGUAGGCCUGCUUGUGCUGUUCCUGGUACACCUCGCCACUGCACUGGAGGUCCCACUAGACCUUCUGGGAGGAUUGCCGCAGCCGCCGACCAUCACUUACCAGUCCCCUAAAGAUUACAUUGUCGACCCACGAGAGAACAUUAUAAUCCACUGUGAGGCGAAGGGAAAACCACAUCCCAGUUUCUCCUGGACAAGAAAUGGGACCCACUUUGACGUCGAGAAUGAUCGCAAUGUGGACAUGAAGCCAGACUCUGGGACUCUGGUGGUGGAUAUCAGCAGAGAGAGGGUUGAACACUAUGAGGGGGUGUACCAGUGCACAGCACGAAACAAACACGGAACCGCUGUUUCCCACAAUAUAGUGGUUAGACAGUCCAGAUCCCCCCUGUGGUCAAAGGAGAAAAUCAAGCCAAUCGUGGUGCAGGAGGGCGUGUCUUUGGUGUUGCCGUGUCGCCCCCCUGCUGGCCUACCCCCUCCAAUCAUAUUCUGGAUGGACAACAACUUUCAGAAGCUCCCUCAGAGCAAGAGGGUGUCUCAGUCAUUGAACGGUGACCUGUACUUCUCCAAUAUUCGCCGAGAGGACACCCGGAACGACUAUAUUUGCUACGCCCGCUUCCCCCACACGCAAACCAUCCAGCAGAAACAGCCCAUCACUGUCAGGGUCCUUAACCUGGAUGAAAUCAAUGACACAAUGGCAGCUUUUUACAAUGACACUGAUUUAUUUAGUGAGGCACCAGUGGAUGACAGAAGACCAACCUUCCUCAUCCCAUCUGGCUCAUCCAGCUCCAAGAUGGUGUUGAGAGGUGAUAAACUGGAGAUGGAAUGCAUUGCCGAAGGAUUGCCCACCCCUCACAUCUCUUGGACCAAAAUAAGUGGUGAUCUGCCUUCCAAACGUACCUCCUUCCUGAACUACAACAAGACCCUUCACAUCGAGGACGUGUCAGCAUCAGAUGAAGGAGAUUACCGCUGCACAGCGAAGAACCAGCUCGGCUUGGUGCACCACACCAUCCACGUCACGGUCAAAGCUGCUCCAUAUUGGAUCGAUGUCCCUCCCAAGAACCUUGUCCUAGCUCCAGGGGAGAGCGGCAGGCUGUCCUGCUUGGCCAGUGGCACACCCAAACCCACCAUCACCUGGGCUAUGAAUGGCAUCUCCAUAGAGAAUUCACCCAAGGAUCUGAGCAGAAAGGUGGAGGAUGACACCAUAAUCUUCACUGAUGUACAGCCUGGAUCCAGCGCUGUGUACCAGUGUAAUAUCUCUAAUGAGUACGGUUACCUCCUGUCCAACGCCUUUGUCAAUGUCCUCUCCGAGCCACCCAGAGUGCUGACACCACCCAAUAAAGUCUACCAGAUCAUCAAGAACCACCAGGCCUUGUUAGACUGCUCUUCCUUUGGAUCACCUAUGCCAAAAAUUACAUGGUUUAAAGACACUCGGUCCAGCAUCCUGCAGGAAGACCCUUACAUUCUUCAUGACAACGGGACGUUAGAGAUUCGCAUAGCUCAAGCACAACACAAUGGCAAAUACACAUGUGUUGCCACAAACAGUCUUGGGAUUUAUGAGAAUCAUGUCUACCUGGAGGUCAAAGAGCCAACCCGAAUCCUGAAGCAGCCAGAAUACAAAGAAGUCCAGAGGGGCCGAUCUGUGGUGUUUGAGUGCACGGUAAAACAUGACCCUUCGCUCAUUCCCACGAUGACCUGGCUCAAAGAUGAUGGAGAGCUGCCUGACGAUGAGAGACUGAUCGUGGACUCGGACAGCCUCACCAUCACUGAUGUUACAGAGGACGACGCAGGAGUGUACACCUGCAUCAUGAACACCACUCUGGACCACGAUUCAGCCACUGCUAAGCUCACCGUUGUAGAGGCCACAACACCAGCUGUUGUCUACGAGCGACCCGAUCCCCCGACAGACCUGGAACUGACAGACCAGAAAAAGAGGAGUGUUCAGCUCACGUGGACCCCUGGGGAUGAACAUAACAGCCCUGUUCAGAAAUUUCUGAUCCAAUAUGAAGACUCAUUGCACCAUCGAGGUCACUGGCAUAAUCUUACUGAGGUCCCUGGAACCAAGACAACAGCUCACCUUAAACUGUCGCCGCAUGUUCACUACACCUUUAGAGUUCUGGCUCUCAACGCGGUGGGCUUCAGCAAUCCCAGCCGCCCCUCCAGGAUGUACAAGACAGAACCUGCAGGUCCAGAUGAAAACCCAACAGGUGUACAGGGAUUUGGAACUGAACAUAACAAUCUUGUAAUCUCCUGGAAGCCACUGACAAACCUCCAGUCUAAUGGUCCCGGGCUUCACUACAGAGUGAUGUGGAGGCAGAAGAAGGUAGAAAGCGAAUGGAAUACAGUGACCGUGUCCAACAAUUCCAAGUUUGUUGUGUCUGGAACGCCCACGUUUGUUCCAUAUGAGAUUAAGGUUCAGGCUGUAAACGACCACGGACUUGGACCUGACCCUGCUAUUGCCCACGGCUACUCAGGAGAGGACUUGCCCGUAGCAGCUCCAGAAAAUGUGCACGCUGUGGUGCGAAACAGCACCCUGGUAGAGGUGUUCUGGGAUCCCGUGCCCUCUCAUUUAAUACGCGGAAAUCUCAAAGGAUAUAAGGUGUCGUACUGGAGAAAACACCACUACAAGCACAAUCCUGAUCACAUGGAGCAGGACAUUCUUGUAUUUAGUGGGAAUCAUACCCAGGGCAUGCUGCCUGGCCUACACCCCUUCAGUCUGUACUUGUUCAACGUAAGGGUCUAUAAUGGAAAAGGAGAGGGCCCCCUGAGUGUAACCCAGCAGUUUAAGACACCCGAGGGAGUGCCGGGGUCUCCUACUUCGCUGAUAGUCACUAACUCGAACCUGGACUCUCUAACCCUUGAAUGGAGUCCUCCUCAUGACCAUAAUGGGCACAUUACCGGGUAUACCCUCAAAUAUCAGCCAGUAAAUAACUCCAAUGAACUGGGCCCAGUGGAGGAGCUGGCCUUGGCUGCCAAUGAGACCUCUGUCACUUUGCCCAACCUCAAGUACAGCACACGCUACAAGUUUUAUUUGAAUGCGAAAACAGGCGCUGGAGCAGGUGCAGCCAUUUCUCAGGAAGCUGUCAUCAUCAGGGAGGAAGGAAGCACCCAAUCCCUUCAUCCUAUUGCACGGUCAUCUCCACAUGGUCCACCCCACAAGGCAAGUCCUUUUGGAAACAUUAGCUCCAUGAUCGGGGAAGACUGGGCCCUGAUCAGUUGGGAGUACUGGGGCCCGGAGAAAAACUUUAGUGCACAAUACAGACUAAAUGACAGUGAAAGUGAAGAGGACUGGAAUACAGAGUUUGUGAAUGGCUCUCAGAACAUAACGCUGAAAGGCUUAAAGGGGGGCCUUUGCUAUAGGGUCCGUUUGGUGGCUUUGGGUCACCACGACCAAGAAUUCCACCACUCCAAGGAGCUAUUGGUUACUCUCCCAGCUGUGGCAAGCAGACAGGUGGACAUCGCCACUCAGGGAUGGUUCAUUGGCCUCAUGUGUGCAAUUGCUCUGCUCAUCCUGAUCCUUCUCAUUAUCUGCUUCAUCCAGAGAAAUAAAGGAGGGAAGUACCCUGUCAAAGAGAAGGAGGAUGCCCACACAGACCCUGAGUUCCAGCCCAUGAAAGAUGACGACUGUACUUUUGUGGAAUACAGAGUGACGUCGUCAUCCUAACGCAGGGGGUGUAGGUCUCAGGAAAGGUAAGGGCAAUGAUGGGGAUUGGCGGGGGUGAAGGGUUUUGUAAGUCUAGCAUGUGUAGAGGGUCGGUGGGUAAUGAAGUCACUGUGGAGAAAAAUGCUUGCUAUCUUUCACAGCUGUCAUCGUGUAUAAUAUUUUGUCACAAAGCCUUCAUUAUGUGCAGUGCUUCGAAAAAUAAGCCGUCAGCAAUCUGUGGCUAUUCUAUUCCCGUCAUGUCCCCUAAAUGCUUUUGCAUACUAUUUAUUGUCUUUCCGUUUUGGAGCAUCUCAGCAUUGUGACGGCUUUGUGAUCUCAUUGGUGUUCAAGUCAUGUAUAUGCAAUGUUCUCAACUAUCUGAUACCCAAAGAAAACUUUCUUUGCGGACUUUCCAUGCAUUUUUGCCAAUUUGUGAUUUAUUGUCGUGCUUGCUUUGGGGGCAGGGAUACUUGGCUUAAACUUUCCUUUAUUCACGUCAUUUCAUUGGAUUUUCUGUUUUUCAUCACAGUCUCUGCCUUGGGAGAAAAAUGCUUUAGUCAAACAGCACAUUUACCACUUCAUAUUUGGUUUCAGGGGGAAUUUGAAAAGGGUAUGAUUGCUUGAGCUUUAUUCCCCCGUUGCCUGAUGGAAACCAGCUAAUCAUUCAUGGCUAACUUUUUUAGACAUGGAGCAACCCAAAUGUGCAUUUCAUUGAAAUGUAUUUUAUAUUCAUUGCAGUAUAGUAAUAUUCAUAUAACAACUUUGCCAUUAUCUACCAAACUUAAGGAGUAGGUUGUGGUAAAAGUAACAAUUGGCUCUUCUAUGCUCCAUCUAAAAAAAAGUGAUCACUAUUCUCCUUAUUGCAUCUGUCACAUCAUCUCACCUGUAAUGCCUGCAUGUUAUUUUCUCCUUCAGUGACAAUGAGGACCAUAAACCUUUAAAAGGGAGCCGCUCGCCAUCUAAUGGGACAGUUAAGAGAGACGACAGUGACGACAGUUUAGUUGACUACGGUGAAGGAGGAGACGGACAGUUCAACGAGGAUGGCUCCUUUAUCGGGC